AUGGUGGACUCCGACAGUGAUGGGGAUGCCUCCAAGGUCGUCAUCUCAAUGAACGGUUUCCAAAGUGACGGUGACAUCAACACCUGGCCUUCGUUCCCGUACAAUCAACGCGACGAUACACGCUGGAGACAACUGCUUGCAGAGAACUGGCUCAAAUCCCAGGGCAGCUACGUUGAAGGAGACGAUUGCAUUAUCGCCGAGUUGCCUGACGGUUAUGCCCUCUUUGACAGGCCCCGCGGUACCAACCCCUCGAUGCGUGACUCCUUCCUCUUCGGACAUCCCAGCGGACAGUACUUUCAGUCUCAGGCAACUUUUUUUGCUCACUUUCUUGCCCUCGCUCAGGGCAAGCUGAGCGAGUGCGAGUGCAAGCCCUGCAGCAGAAUGGGAGGCACUAAAGCAACUGCCAAACCGGCUGCAGCUCGACCUGUUCGCGGUCCUGGUCUUCGUGGUCCUGGUCGCCCCACUGACGACAAGAAUCCUGAUUACUGGCGUGACUACAUACGAAAGCUGAAGGCCAAGGGCACCAUCGAUGAACCUAAUAAGCAACCUUUGAACUUUGAUUGGGCUCUAUCUGAGGAGUUACUUUCCGAUUAUUUCAACAAGCUUGUUCUCGACCCAGCCUUCGUUCCUCGCUGUGGUGAGCUCGUGCUUUGUGUUUGGGACCUGGAGGAUAGCUCGAGUCUCCUUCGCAAUCCUGAAAAUGGUCACCUUGAAAUCCGCGACAGUCACAACCGCUGGCAUGUGCCUAACUGGCGUGCUGGUGUGGUGACUCAAGUUCCCGAGACCGAAAUUCACAUGCUGGAUAUUGCUGAGAACUCUUACACCACUGAAGAAUUGAGUGACCACGGAUUCCGCAUUGAGCUUCUUCCCGACCCUGUUGGCCUCGACAAGUCAUACUCCGUUCAAUCCAAGUACAUUCCGCUCCGAUGUAUCAAGCCAUUGAAUACUUGGCAGCUUUACCUGGAAGGUCAAUCCCGCGAUGAGCUCCAUCCUUCGACUGAGAACGCCCUGACCGUCAUGUCUUCCUGGAGUGUGGUACACAAAUUUCAUGUCAAAGGCAUCUGGCCAACCAUGGAAAUCAGCUGCAAGGGAGUUUGGAUCGGUGCCGAGCUACUCGCCGUGCAUGAUACUGUUCGCCUCAAGCCUCUCCGCUACAAGUUUGAGGAUCUGCUGGAUGGCAAGGUCGUUCAGUUGAAUGAUGUUAUGGUAAUUGAAAGCAUCACCCUCGUUCUUACGGACUGCAUCGAUGACCCAACCUCUCCCAAUCUUGCCAGCAAGUACUCGGUACUCAUCACCGGCAAAACAUACACAACAAACCCAAACCGAACCAAGAACGACUUCGAGCCCCUCAGCAGAUUCCCUCUCCAGCAAAUGACCAACGAAGAAGCAACCGCGACCUUCCGCCAGGUCGGCAUGUCCGCCUAUGGUCCCUGGUACCGCAUCGCCGGAGACAAGACCCCUAGUGUCACCAUCAGCCAGCACAUGAUCCUCGGCCGCUGCUACGAGCCACUCGCCGCCGACCUGCUCUUCAAUAGACGCGAAUUCGGCUACGACCUCGGCGGCGUCAUGCACGGCCGCAACUUCUCCGAGGGCGUCGACACCCGCAUUGCAAAGGAUAAGACCUGGUUCUGGGGCGAUAGCCGCAUCGAAACCCUGGGCAUAGUCGAGAUUAACGGCAUAGAAUGCGACUUGACCGCACCCCAGCGCGACACCCCCGCCAAGUGGCGAGCCAUCUUCAGGAUUAUGAACGGGGAGGCUACCCCGGGACUGGUCAAGCGCGCGGGCAUUCCUCCCACUAUGGGCAACGUUAGUCGUAAGGGUGGUCGUCCCAAGGGAGCCAAGGACAAGAAACCUAGGGCUCCCAGGAGGCAGAGUGGUCUUGCACAGGUGGCUCGAACUAGUAAGAUGGUUAGUUCUGCUAUCGGCAGUGCUCCUGAGGAAGAGACUUCUGAUGAUAUUGACGAUGUGCCUGGUCCGGAUCUUGCUGGUCUGCCUCUCUCUGGACGUGAGGGUGAGAGCGAUUUCGCCCUAUGA